AGCACUUGGCUCAGUUUUUUCCCAAUCCAUUCAGUGGAAGGCCCAGCGAACAAGAUGGCAGCCUUUGUGGCGCCCCUUGCAGCCCCAGCUGGGCGGCUAAUCCAAUCGCAGCCUAUAAGAGCGCCCGUCAACGGACAAACACCCAAUGCACCUGCGAGGCAUGCCGUCUCCAGUGGCCUGGGCGUUGCUUUGAUCAGUGCCCUGCGAUGGCGAGGGCGAUGUCAAUCAUCGAGGAAGCAAAGGGUGCAACGUUGGAGCAAAGAGAAAAGCAGUGGGGAAAUCGCUGCGCCUAGCUAUCCUGGCGUGGAAGACCCAAAGAAGUUGCUUAGCUUUGCCCACGAGCUGUGCGACUUCUUCCGCAGCUCAAGUCGGGCCAGGCUUCCCAAGGAAGAUGCCAUGAAAUUGCUGCUAGAUGCACAGAGGAUGCUGAUGCAAGAGGAGACGCUCGUUCGAGUUCAGGUGCCCGUCGGGGAAUACCUCAACGUCGUCGGCGACGUCCAUGGACAGCUUUUUGACUUCCUAAGCAUUUUUGAAGCAAAUGGAUGGCCAAGUGAAGAGAACCCGUUUCUCUUCAACGGUGACUUUGUAGACCGUGGGUCAUACUCCGUAGAAAUCAUGCUGAUUCUAUUGGCAUUCAAGUUGGCCUUGCCCAAGCACUUCUUUCUGGGGCGAGGCAACCACGAGGACCAGCAGAUGAACUAUUACUAUGGCUUCACAGGAGAGGUCUUAGCAAAGUAUGACGCCGAGUUGCCAGUGUGGGCCGCCUUUCAGAGAUCCUUCGUGGCCUUGCCACUGGCACAUGUGGUGAACGAAGAUGUCUUCGUGACUCAUGGAGGUCUUCCGAGGAUCAACGAGAUCAGUUUGGAUCAGAUUGCAGCCUUGGACCGAGUUCAGGUAAGUACAGAGCAAGAAGUGCGAGAAGAAGGUGUGAUUUACAAUGAUCUCAUGUGGGCGGAUCCACAUGAUGGCUCUGGCAGCAUCGGAAGCCAGCGCGGCGGCAGUGCCAAGAUGUUUGGUGCAGACAUGACUGAGCAAUUCCUGAAGAGGAACGAUCUCAGCUUCAUCAUUCGGUCGCACGAAGUCAAGGAUGAAGGCUUCGAAUGGCAGCAAAAUGAGAAGUGUCUCACAGUGUUCUCUGCACCACAAUACUGCGAUAGUUGUAACAACCUGGGAGCCGUUGUGCGAUUGCACGCGGACGAGGCAGAUGAAGGUGCAAAAUUGCGGCCGGAGAUUUUACAGUUCGAUGCCGCCGAAAAGCCCAAGGACUACGUCUCCGCCAUGGCAUACUGCAGACUAUCGGAGUCGCUUAUGUCCAAAGCUUUGGAGAAGCAGCGUAAGUCGCAGAUGGCGGAGUCAGGGUGGGGGUCUUCUUGAGCAAGAUAAACGUCAAAGCUCUA